CUCACUUUAUUGUUAAAAUAAAAGUACUAUCGGUCAUUUUUCCCGAUAUUUACUCAAGUUCCAACUUAUUGAGAAACAGCAUGCCAGAGAUCACACUGAAGCACGUUGUGUCCUGCAGCAGUGAGGACAGUACUCACAAGGCAGACAAUCUGCUGAGUUCCGACACCUACAGGAAAUGGAAGGCAGCAAGACCAGGAGAGAAGCAAACUUCAGUUAUUUUACAGUUUGAGAAGGAGGAGCAGGUGCACAGCAUAGAUAUUGGAAAUGAAGGGUCAGCUUUUGUAGAGGUGCUGGUGGGGAACUCAUCAGCUGCCAGAGACCAAGAUUAUGAGGUUCUGUUGGUUACGUCCUCAUUCAUGUCCCCAACAGAGAGCCGUAAUGGCACCAACACGAACAGGGUACGUUUUUUUGGGCCUAACCAGCUACAGAAGAGCACAUCCCAGGAGAAGUGGGAUAGAGUGAAGAUUGUAUGUAGCCAGCCAUACAGCAAGAAUAUAGCGUAUGGAGUUGCCUUUGUCAAGUUCCAUUCACCACCAGACAAAAGUGAUCCCCCAUCAGCAACUUCCCCGAAGUUGACAAAGCUGGGUCAGUUCAAGUUGAAGGAUGAGUCCCGAUCGUCCAGUCCAAGUCUACAACCUGGCAGCCUCUUCUUCAACCGGGAAAACGCAACAAAGACCAGCCCUGUGCUCAAGGUGUCGCCUCAAAGCGAGAAACUAAGCUAUGCCGCUGCAACCCUGCAGUCUGGCAGCAGCUCCCACUCCUCAGGCCAAGCCGCCACCUCCAACUCUGCCUCGCUUCAGCCCCCAGCAAAGAGAAAGUUUGAAUUCAGUAAGGAGCACCAGUCCGCUCCUGCCCAUCCUACCCAGAAGAAAGCCACCCCUGCAGGGUCUCCCGAGGGCAAAGCUGCCACCCCAAAACCCAAGCCAAAGCUCAGCCCGUCCAGCACCCCUAGUCCCGGUGCUGCUAAAGCCUCUACUGCUUCGAAGGCUCCUGACAAAAAGAAGAACAUGGCCACACCAGAGCCUAAACCAAAGCCUCAGAAAACAAAACCCCUGAGCGUGGAACAGGUGCCAUUCAGUCGGAUAAUGGAGGGGGUCGUGUUUGUCCUCAGUGGCUUCCAGAACCCCUUCAGAGGAGAGCUAAGGGACAAAGCUCUGGCCAUGGGAGCCAAGUAUCGACCCGACUGGACCUCUGACUCGACACAUCUCAUCUGUGCCUUUGCCAAAACCCCCAAGUACAGCAAGGUUAAGUCAGCGGGGGGCAUCAUUGUGCGGAAGGAAUGGGUGACAGACUGCCACCAAAAGAAGCUGAAGCUCUCCCACAAGAGGUAUUUAAUGGAUGGUGCAGAGUCCAGUUCAGAGGAUGAGAUGGACGUGGAUGACCAGAGUGAGGAGGAGGAGAAGAGGGGCGAAAAGACCCCACAGAAACAGGAAAGACAAGUCACCCCCAAAAAGACGCUGGAGGUGGAAGGGGAUGAAUAUGGGGACUCCACAGAUGUUGAUGAAGCAGGGGACGAUGAUGAGUCUGCCAUGGACACUGAGGACGAGCUAAAGAGGGUGGAGAGCGAGAGCAGGCAGAAGAAAACGGUAGCAAGGAGUAAAAACGUUAAAGAGGAAGAGGAUCCGUACGGGGGGUCGACAGAUGAGAACACAGAUGCAGAGGCUGAGGAGGACCACCCCAUCCCAGAGCUGCCAGACUUCCUCAGAGGAAAGCGAUUUUUCCUCUACGGAAAAUUCCCGAACAACGAGAGGCGUCUGCUGCUGCGGUACAUUGCUGCAUUCAACGGAGAGGUGGAAGACUACAUGAAUGAAAAGGUGCAGUUUGUCGUGACUAGUGAGGGAUGGCAUGACUCUUUUGAAGAUGCGCUGCUGGAGAACAGCAAUCUGAAUUUUGUCAAACCUGCAUGGAUUUACGCCAUCAAUCAGCGGCAGAAGAUGCUGCCCUACCAGCCCUAUUCUGUCGUCCCUUGAACAAUGUGUGCUCGUUUGUGCACACACACACACACACACACACACACACACACACAGACGUGGUUACAGCUGUAUGAAGAUGCACUGGGGAAAGCCAUAUACAGUUUUGAGUUUUAUUUUGUGGUUAACCAGUUCUCUGAUGCCACGUUGAAGCAAUAAUCCAGCAAUGGUUCACAAAUUCCUGUCGUUGACUUGAGGUGGCUGAUUUCUGUGAACGUCUGUGAAAUCUUCAAUAAACAGAUAAAUGUCCUGGAAAGAAGAUGAUGUCAUCACAUCACUUUUUGACAGACUGACCGUUAAAUCAGUCUCUGAAAAUCAGCCAUCACAUUUCCUGGGUUUCUCUGUGCGGGUAGAUUUAGGCAGAAGGUCUUUAGUUGGGUUAAGUUUAGGGUUAAGGUUUGGGUUAGGCUCUUCAUCAGUUCUCUACUUGAGAGGUGUUAAUUUUGGUUUUGCAGCAUGGCCAGAAUCUGCAGUCUUCCUCUUGUGUUUCAUUAACCAAGCACACACACAGUCUUCCAUGCAUCCACUGUGGAAACAUUACAUCUGGCUGGUGCUGUCUGGUGCUGUUCCCUCAGGUCUGUCUGGGGAUGAGCGAUCGUCCCUGUCCUGACCGUCCUGACCCACCAGCCGCAAUGAAGCUCCUGACUGGUGUUAGCAGGCAGACUCCCAUGAAACCGCUAGAAUGUCAAGAAAACGUUUUGGCUAGUUAAGACUGGCUGCUGUAAGCAAAAAACAAAACAAAAAAAAUAUACAAAAAGGUCAGUUUUAUUUGUGUAGCCCAAUAUCACAAAUUAAAGUUUGCGUCAGUGGCUUUACAGCAACACGACAAAAGGUGAAACUGACACAGCCCUGACUCUUAACUUUCUGAAACCUUACAGAGCUCUUACAGUGUCAGCAGUCUGAGUUUGAUGGACUUCAUGUUGUGCUCUUGUUUUAUUGGCGUGGCUGUCUGACUUUUAAAAGACAGAGUUUUCUUGUUGGCUGACAGGAGUUAAACUCAACAUAGUUUUGUGGAUCAGUUGAUUUACAGAAUGUGUACUUGAGCCUUCUAGACAAAUGGCAAAUUUGGGCUCAUCAACAGCAGUGGCUGCUCGCUCGUCUACAAGUGGUUUGUUUACUUCUGUAUCUUGGCUUUUUUCUCUGAUGAUAAAUAAUUAUGUUGUCCAAAUAAA